AUGCCCGCGAUUGGAGAAUCCUCCAGAGCUGUCCACCGUGCAACAACAGGCAUAUGGUUAUCAUUGAUGGAAAUAACCCUCAAAAGCGGAGCAUAUUUGCCAAGUCCGCAUUUACGUCGGCUCAAUAGUGACUACAUAUCCGAUAGGGAUGUAGAUCGCUUUGCCAAGAAAACCUUGGGCGCCAAGGAUAGAGCAAACAAACUGCUUGCAACCUACCAAUCAGCGCUAAGGCUCUCAUUCGACCAGUCCACCAUGCGUGAAUACUUCGUCCAAGGAUUUCUUCGAUGCGUCAACGCAAAAGGAGAUGUCGCUAUCAAGCACAGUGCCUCCGUGAUAUCUGUGUUGGUUGCAACCGCCUUCGAAUUUCGACGGCCUUCAGAUGGCGAUAAAAACAAGAUACGUGCGAUAUUGUCGAGGGAAACUGUGCGCGCAGGCGGUCGUGCCUCUCAUGAUAACUGUGCGCUGAUUGUGACCAACACCCCCUAUGGUGAUCUUUUGAAGGAGGACGAAUGUGCCAGAAGUCUUGGGCUUGACACAAGGCAAUCAUGCUGCUCCAUGGGAGGAGGAAUAUACCGAUGCCCCAUUGCCUUCUGGCUCGUUUUCUACCACCGCAAUCCCUCCUCCCGCACUGCCAGUACUAGUUCUCUUGCAGCUCCUUUGACACAUUUCCCAUUGCCUCCUCUCGCCCACCAAUCGCAUUCCGACAGUGCAGCUUCGGGAAUCCUGCACCCAGUAACACUACGCCCAGCCCUGCCCAGCCCUACGGUGACAGGAGCCGACUUGAGUGACAAGCACCUUCGCACCGGCAUGCCAUCCUCUAGUCCCAAUGCUGCAAUUAUUAGCAUCACCGUCACUCCAGGGGCAAACGGAGUUGAAUCGGAAUCUACCUCAACAAUCACAAGUUUUGCGGAUAACGACCUCUCUCCUGAAAAGGCGGAGGAUGCCUGUUACGCUUCAGGGCCGCUGGGUCCUUGCGUGGCUUAUCACCUGUCGGAGUACGGAUCUUCCUUCCUCCGCGGGACCGAGGCUUGCU